UCAGAAAUUAGUCUCUCUCCUCUCUCUCUCUCUCUCUCUCUCUCUCCCCAACUCGCGAACAAAGCAAACCCUAGAUCAUCAAUCCGACGGAGACGGCAGCUCCUCGUCGGCAAUAUCUUCAACCGGCGGCGGCUACUCUCUCACAGAUCUCUCAGUCUCAUCCAUCUCUGUAACAUUUUGGUGGGAAUCCUGCCAUGGCGGAGCAUUUGGCUUCAAUUUUUGGUACGGAGAAGGACAGAGUGAACUGCCCAUUCUACUUCAAGAUUGGCGCUUGCCGUCACGGUGACCGGUGCUCUCGUCUCCACAACCGUCCCACCAUCUCCCCAACACUCCUCCUCUCCAACAUGUACCAAAGGCCUGACAUGAUAACCCCUGGUGUCGAUGCUCAGGGCCAACCUCUCGACCCGCGCAAGAUCCAAGAGCAUUUUGAGGAUUUCUUCGAGGAUCUCUUUGAGGAGCUGGGAAAGUUUGGAGAGAUAGAAAGCCUCAACAUUUGUGACAACCUUGCUGACCACAUGAUUGGCAAUGUAUAUGUUCAGUUCAAGGAAGAGGAUCAGGCUGCAGCUGCUUUGCAGGCUCUGCAAGGUAGGUUCUAUUCGGGACGUCCCAUCAUUGCGGAUUUCUCUCCUGUUACGGAUUUCCGCGAAGCUACGUGUCGGCAGUAUGAAGAAAAUAACUGUAACCGUGGUGGGUACUGUAAUUUCAUGCACGUGAAGCUUGUUUCGAGGGAGCUGAGGAGAAAACUCUUUGGGAGGUAUCGGAGGUCAUACCGCAGGGGAAGCAGGAGCAGGAGCAGGAGUAUAAGCCCCAGGCACAAGAGAGAGCACGACAGGCGUGAUCCUUCUCACAGGGAGUUCAGUCACCGGGACAGAGAUCGUGAGUUUUACCGUCAUGGAAGUGGGAAAAGGAGCAGUGAGAGGUCGGAGAGAGGAGACAGGGAAGGUUCAAGAGGAGACAGGGAAGGUUCAAGAGGAGACAGGGAAGGUUCAAGGAGGAGACAUGGGUCCAGCCCUAAACGAGGAGGGAGCCCUGGUGGUGGGAGAGAAGGAAGCGAGGAGAGGAGGGCAAGGAUUGAGCAAUGGAACAGAGAACGGGAGGAGAAAGAAGCGGGAGGAGCAUAAAAAAAAAGGUUGUUUACGAAAAUCAUGACUGC